AUGUCCGACACACAUUACUUUUCUGGUGAGAUCUAUUACAUUCUCAUCGCACAAUUCGGCUCAAAGACCAGUCACAACAUACUCGUCCCCUUUACCUUGUCUUCCGCGUUGAAGGAAAGAAGAGUCCCACCCACAGACGCCCUUCGACAAUCCCGACACUCAAUAGAUCUCCAUGACGGUUGCCUAUCCAGACACCCCCGCAUCUGCAUAUCAUCGCGCUUUGCCAUAUUGAUCUACUUGACUGUCUCAUAA